CGCAACGAUGGAGCUCUCGCAGCGAUGGAGAUGACGCAAACAGCCUGUGCUCUCCGAAAAAGUGAUUCCAGGCGAACAUGGCGGCAACUUAGGCGCGCUCCAAGAUGACAACGGCCAGCCGGAGACGGGAUUGAAGGCUGCACGACGAGGGAGAACCCCCCCCCCCCCCCCCUCCCAUUCCCGCCCCCCCAAUCUGCGGCAGACGCCCCAGCACAAGCAGAAAGAUCAGCGGAAGACGAGAGAGAAACGAAGGGAGGGUACGGGGAAAGAAGGAAGGAAGGGAGGAAGGGAGGAAGGGAGGCAGGAAGGGACGGACGGACGGACGCGGCAUGCGGUCGAAGAGGACGCCGUCCCCCCGCGGGGAGUUACGGAGGAUGCGGCAAAGUUAAUCCGCGCGGGCGGUCUUAGUGGACCGGAAUAGCAGCGAUCGAGCGGCGCCCUGCACCGGCGGAGGCAACGGCACCCCGAGGAGAACCGAGCCGAGUCCGCCCAAGUCAAUGAGUAUUGAGACAGAGCAGCCCCCGCGGUGGAGUCGGCCAGGGCAGCACUCUCCUAAAACAUGAGCAGGGGUGCUCGGACGCGUCGACAGCAUGACGAAGGCGUCAAAUACCGCUUCGCGCCCCGAGGGACCGACAAGCCAUCCGCCGAGUCGGAGCGGGCCCAGAGAUGGCGACUGUCGCUGGCCUCGCUCCUCUUCAUCACCGUCCUGCUCUCGGAUCACCUGUGGUUCUGCGCCGAGGCCACGCUCGCCCGCACCAGGGACAAGCGGCGCUCGGGCCCGGGCGGGCUCGGGAUUCGAGAGCCUCCCUCCCGGCUGCGCUGGCUGUCACCGCCGCCUGACCCCCACCCCGACCCCCACCACGCCAGAGCGCGAGAUGCUAUUUUUCUAGGGAAUUCUACCGAACCUCUGUGGCGGAUGGACACCUGCCACCCGCACAGCGUGUCCAAAGACUGCUUCACUUUCACGGACGCGGACGCCGUGUGCCUGGGCCUCGGAGGCGGAGAUGGGACGCAGUCGGCGUACGUGAACCUGAGCGAUUUGUACCUUUCUUUUUGUAAUUCCUACUCACUUUUGGAUUUGUUUUACGGGUUUACGAGUCCACGCGACAUGAAUUGCACCCUGGAUAUGGCCAUGGGGCCGGACGCGCCGGGAUGCGGCGAGUGCGUCCGGGCUUACCAGCUCCUCGACCGGCAGGCGGAGGACAACUACCGGGAUUUCGAGCUCCUGGUGCGCAAAUACGAGACAGACGCGUACUCGGUUCGGACGUGCAUGGAGGAAUGCAAGUUGGCGUACAAGCCGUGGCUGUGUUCUCAGUACUUCCAGACCACCCAGUUGCACUGCACGAAGAGAAUCCCCUGUGGGCAACACUGCCUGGAGGUGCAGCAGCGGUGCCCCUUUGUCCUGCCCGACAAUGAUGAUCUCAUUCACGGAGGCAGCCCCAGUUUUAUAUGUACAGGGUUGCUGGAGGAGCGCCCGUCAGGCGUGGACCCGGACGCAGAGUGCUGCGACGUGCGGUGGGACUUGAAAGCGGACAACCGCUCCCGGGGGACGCUGAAAAGAACUCACCCGCCGUGCCAGCACCGAACCUCCCUCGGCUCCUCGGCGGCGUGCAGACUGUGCAACAGCCGCCUCAAACUCUGCCUGCUGGUGCUCGUCCUCCUACACACUGUCGCCAGCCUCACCGCAUCCCACAAUGCAACGGGCUUGGGCCUCCCCACCAUCGCGCCUCUGGAGGAGAGCCCUGCCAAUGAGGAGUGACGGAGCUGCCAGGAGGAGGUGAGGUUGUGGAGGUGGCGCGGUGGAGAGGGGGAUCAAAGAAAAAGGGGCGUUGGGAUUCCCUCACCAUGGCAACCACCACUAUGGAAAAAUACAGCCACAGUUGUUUUUUUUCUUUUUUUUGUUUUUUUCUGCUGGAGCUGUGCGCCUGUGCGGCAACACUUCCUAGCCAAAUGGAAAAGAAAAAAAAAACCAAACAAACAUUGGGACGCUUUGACACAAGAGACACACAAACCCAAUCAAGACACACAAAUAAAAAGCGGGAAGGGUCUCGUUGAGCCGGGUAGGUAGGAACGGGGGGACAAUGCCGCAGCCUUGGAGUGGGAACGUUCAGCUUCCUGCUGGCUGAGUUUCUCUCACCGAAGCUUUCUUACACUGUGUUCCCAUUCACGCUUUUCGGUUGCACUGCCUGAAAAUGAACCACCACAGUCAUAUUCCUCAUCUUUUGUGUUUGUUUGGCGUACAGCAAAAAAAGUACUGAGAGAGAUGACGUGUACAAACAAAAAGAGUCAUGUGUGAUGUUUUUUCUUUGUUUUGUUGUUUGUUUGUUUUAUGACUUGAUUAUAUUCUAUUUCGCUGACAGUCUGUUAAACAACACAGGGUAUUCAAAUUCAGUGAGCAAGCUCCCGGCCCGCUUUAGGACUCCAUCUUUGGUGAUCUGAUCGCAAACCCUUUCGCGCAGUGUAAAAGGGGCUUUUAUUGCCCAAUGUUGUACAGGUACAGUCGAUAGAAAAAGUCUACACAUCCCUGUUCAAAUGCCAGGUCUUUGUGGUCCAAAAAAAAAAAAGAAGAAUAAUGAGACCAUGACAAAUCAUUUCAAGCCUUUUUCCCACUCUUACCUAUAGAACUUUUUUUUCUAUUUGGGAGGCAAAGAAAAAAAAAUGAAAUAAGUCGCAUUCAAACUCAUGUUAAAUAGGAGGAAAAAAGUGCCUCUGCUUAUCCCCUCCCAAACGUUCAGCUGUUCUAGUAGGCUUUCCCUUACAUUAUGCUUCCUUUUCAUAAUUCCAUCCCCCUUUUCUAAGGCCCUAGUUCCAACUCAGCGACACGCUGCACCACCACCACGCAUCAUUGUAGAUAUUUUUUAAAAUAGAUUUUGGAUUAUUUAUUGUUUGGCGAUGAGUAGUGUUGGAAUUAUGGCCAAUAAGUUGAACCUCGGUUUCAUCGGACCAUAACACAUUUUCCCACAUUUUGGUUUGGGAGAUUUUUGUUAUGGUGGUGGCGGCCGCAUCAUGUUUUGGGGCUGUUGUUUUUUUUUUGUUUUUUGUUUGUUUUGUUUUGUUUUUUUUCUCCUCCAAUUGGAACUGGGGCCUUCGACAGGUGGCUAAAAAUAUGAAAAGUUUGAAAUAGCAUUCUGCCUCUUGCAAGAAAGUAAUACAUAUAUAUAUAUAUAUAUAUAUAUAUAUGUAAAUGGCGGCUCUAAAUGGUGACAACCGUGUGCUGACUCCCAUUGAACCUGAGUUUGACGACUGGUUAAUUCUUUUUUUUUCCUUUUUAUUUCCCACCUUGAACUGAUUUAAAAAUUGAAAUGAGUUGUACAGGUAAUCGGUUACAGUACUGGUGGAUGACGUUUUGAAAUAAUUUGCUGUAUCUUGGUCUCAUUUUUUUUCGAUCACAAAAAAAAUAUACAAAAUUAAAGAACAACAUUUAACAGGUGUAUAUAGACUUUUUAUAUCCACUGCAACAACAUGGCAAUACAUACAGCUGAUUGCUCUCUCCCACUGCGCACAAAUAGCGGGAAAAUGGGAAGUGUCACGUGAUCACACCACCAAAGAAAUGUCGUCAUCGAAGGGCCUCAGUGUUUAAACACAGAUUUAUGCUUCUUCUCUCUCUUUGUUUUGUGAGAUAUUUAACAAAAAAACUAACGCCUUCUCACGGAUCACUGCAUUUAUAUAAUGUUCAGGAAGGAUAAAUCCUGCUUAUUACAACUCAAGUCUCAUUUUUAAGCCAUUUGUACUAUCUUGCAUUAUUAUACGUUUGUUUGGGUUUUUUUUUUUUUUACACUUGUAUGGACAGUUAAGACAGUUAAACUGUUACCUAAAACAUUACUUAAAAUGGUUUUAUGAUGACUACAGUUUGACCCGGACACAUAUUUCAAUUACUUCUUAUCAAGGGGGGAAAAAAACCAGUCUGGAUGCUUUUCGACAUCAGAUGUUUACACAGUACUUUUGCUUUCUUCUCAAAAUGACAUAAAUUGUGGUUGGAAACAACAAUUACCCGCAUUGCAUUAAGAUUGUGUUCGUGUGCACAAUUUAUGCAAUGAGUUUUGGUUGCAUCCAUUCUGACUUGUUUAAAUACAUGAACUUCUUGUUUGUGAAAUCCCAUUUUACAAUCUAUUCUACUUAAACGACUUUGCCAUCAUCACAGCUUACAGUUUACAAAAAAAAACAAACAGGGAGAGUUGUAAGGCGAGAGUUAUCCUUUCAACGUGAGCCAAAAUGAUCAAAAUUUCAACGACAGCAAAUAGUUGCGAACGAUGUCCAAAAGAGAACACAGUCCGACAGAUUGAUCUUGUAACUUAACGUUAAAGCUAAAAUUGUGAUUCGGAUUUGGGUAAGCAAGUGUAUAUUUGUAUUUGCAAAACCACUUGCUGCUGCACUUAUUAUUAUUAUUAUUAUUAUUAUUAUUAUUAUUAUAUCUCACAGAACAAAGCCCCGUCUUAACCAAAGAUGCGAUCGGACUCAUUUAACGACCAUUCAGGUUCUGUUUGUUUUUGGAAUUCCAACACUGAUCUAUACGAAUGUGUUGAAGUCAUCUUUUCAUAUAUAUAUUUAUUUUUAAAAAGGUACCAGCCAGUCCAGUAUGCCUGCAGUCUCACAUUCCAUCGCUUCUGUCUCUUAUCGCUUUAUUCCCACCCCUGUGAGCUUUGAUUCGUGUCCAUUUUGUCACAAUGUCUCAAAAUGUUGUUUUCUGUUCACACCUGAACCAAAACUAUAUUAGUAAUGUAACUCAGGCCUUUUCAUUCACAGGCGACCUAAUGACUGGGUUUUCUCUCUGAUUCUCUGUAAGCUGUUAGCUUUGUGUGGUUAUGCUAAACAUUAACUGUCAAUCAUCCAAAGGGGUGGGGUUGGGGGGGGUGUCAAAAAAAUUGUGUGAAGGAAAAUGUCACCCUUCAAAAGAUGAAUUGCCAAACUCCACCACUGGAUCAUAUAUUCAAUGUCAUUUUUUUUUUUUGUAGCGUAUGUGUUUGAAACACCGCAACCCAGAAUCGGCAGCCACAGCCUGCUGACCGUUUUUUUGUUAUUUUUCUCUUGAAGACAGAAAAUUUCAUUAAGUAAAGGGCUUUUCCAAAAUGCACCUCAUGAUUAUUUUCUCAUUCAGUCACAGCUAUUAUAUAUACCGUGUUAAUUAACAGAAACCACGUCAUCCACCAGAUAAAACAUGUCUAAGCUGGAUAAUCAUGUCAGCCAGCAGACAUUAGUGUCGUGUAGACGUAAAUGUUGACCACAGGAAGGGCUGACCUCAUUUUAUUUCACGUUACUCACAAUGUGUUCAUUGAUUUCUAAUUCGCUCCACAACUUAAGGGAUCAGGUAUUAAAAAUAAUAAUAAUAAUAAUAAUACAACAUUCAUUCAGAGAUUCAGAGAUGUCCGAUCCGAUAACUGAUGUCUACCAUCCUAAGAAGCAGCUUACACUAGAAAGAUUAUUUAAAAAAAAUAAAAAAUGACCCACCCAUUUUAAAUCCCUCCACUCCCUGCAAGACAAAAAAAAGACAGCCCCCCCCCCCCCCCAAAAAAAGCUGCUAAUCAUUUAGCAACCACUAGAUGGUAGUGUUGAUCCUCUUUGCUGUUGUCCCUGCUGCUGAUGAGGGAAUAUGUAUCUAUAUCAGAUACAUAACAUGUGCUUUUUGUGUGUGCAUUCUAUUGGGUGACAUCAUUUUGAGAGACAGGGAAGACCCCCCCCCCCCCCCACCUCCAUUGAAUUGACACUCACUCUUGCCUCGAUGUAAGCUUCAAGCCACACAGACAACAAAUUGUCACAUAAAAUGAAAUUGGAGUGAGCGAGUAGACGCAGCAACCCAGAUCAACACACUUUCUUAGAUUCCUAUUCAUGGUCACUACUUACAUUGUAAAACGUACGGGGGAAAGUUUUCAAAAAGCGUAGGGAUGGGCGUUGUUUAAUGAGGACUAGCACCAAAAACCAGAGAAAGGACAGGGAGAACACAGAGCGUCAAAAGGUUGACACAUUUAUUUAUUGACAUUUAUUUAUAUGCAUUUAUGUUUACUUCCUAGUCUGUGUUAAAUACAUAAUACAUAUCAUUGCUGUCCAGUGUAAAGCAUGUACCUCCAAGUUUUUUUUUAUUUUUAUUGAUUACUGUUUUCUCUUUUAUUUUCUAUCAGUCUUUGUACAAAAGAAAAGUGCUACAUACAACUAAUGUGAUAAUAAUCUCUAUUAUUUAUUAUAUUGUUACUAUAACACUUAUUUUAUUUUACAAUGAAUCUGUGUGUGUGUAUAUAUAUACACACACACACACGCAAACUUUUUUAUUGCAAUAUUCGAAUAUAUGUGCUUUUCCAUUGGACAGCACUGAUAUAUGGCAUAAAAACACUUAUUCCCCCCCCCCCGCCUCCACGCAGUGCCAUUUGCUGAAUUGGCACAAGGUGUUGAAAGUGUAAAGAGCGACAGGAAGUAAACAGGGUCGGUCAGGGUCUUUGAACCUUUGGCUCUCACCUCAUAAACAUCAACAAACCUCACCAGAAGCACAUUGAAAAUAUGUUUGGAAGUGUCGAAGACGUGUGUGUCAUGGAUGGACAUGUUUUUUUUUUUGUGUGUGUGCAAACAACUAGCUGUGUACGGCCCUUUUAAUUCAGUUUCAAGCUCAGAUGAUGAUUGAGGCCUGUAGCAGUUGUAGCUAACGCUCGUUUUCCACUAUUUCACACCAUAACACACGGAAAAAAAACAAUGUUUUUGGUUUUUUGACUUGCAGGUUUGUAUUGUGCAAGUACCUCAAUUAUUGCCCACGUGUCUCGCACUUGUUCUCUUCUCUCUCCUGUGGAUCUAUGCAGAAGCCCAUUCAUGUUUUUUGCUUUUGUUUUGGUUGUAAAUAUGUUCCCUGGUAUGCCGAACAAUGUGUGUCCUCGCCUCCUCUUUGUGUGUAUUCAGUUGAUGUCAAGAUGUCGGGUUGUUUUUGUUUGUUUUGUUUUUAUUGUAUUUCUGAUUUCUUUUUGUAUUUAUUAUUAUUAUUGUUAUUUCAAGCACCUGAAAUCAUUCAUGUUAAAGAGAAUGUGUUUAGUCCUCAGCUUUGUCAAGAAAACGAGAAAGGUUGUGGUUCCGUGUGCGCGUGUGAAUGCGGAAAAGAUUUUAUCGACUUUAGAAAUGGAGAUCGGGAGGGGGGGGGGGGGGGGAGGCAUAUAGAAGUAUCAUUGCGAUUAUGAUUAUUAUGAUUACUAUUACACUACCAGUAUAUUGUAAUAUUAUAGAUGCUUUAGUUGGACUAACUUCUUUAAUUUUUUUACAAACGACUUUGAUGAAAUGAUUUAUAAAAACAAGUCUGACAAGUCACGAUCUUUUCGAGAAGUAUGAAAAACAACUGCUACAAUGAUUAAAAAACUGUGUUCCGAUGAAAAUAAAUACAGACAUAUUAUCUGUUC